AUGGAUGCUCUAACGUUGAAGGAUAUAGUGGGAGCCACUCUAUAUAUAACGAUCAGUGAAGUCCGUUCACUUAAGGGUACUUUAGUUGCUGUUGAUGCCCAAGCUAACUUGUUACUAGAUGAAGUUGAUGAGUAUUGCCCUGAUAAUGUUCGUAAAUUAGGGCUUGUUAGUGUUCCAUUUGCCACUAUUAGUGAUAUACAGAUUCACAAAAAUUACGUGAAUAAAAUUGAAGAUUACAAAAGACAGUGUCAAAAAAAUAUUGUAUAA